AUGGGGAAGUGGUUUUUAACUUGUUUGGUGCUAGCUUUGGUUGUAGCCAAAGGAUGGUCAAGGCCUCUGCAGGAGAUGAAAGGAGGUAAGAGUACCAGUGGUGGAGUUGGUUUGGAUGAUAAGAAAAACUGCAUAGGGAUUGGUGGCGCUGGUGGGUUUGCAGGAGCUGGGGUUGGUGGGAUUGUUAAGGGAAUUGGAGGGGGUAUUGGAGGUGGGAUUUUUAAGGGCAUUGGAGGGGGUAUAGGAGGUGGGAUUUUUAAGGGUGUUGGAGGGGGUAUAGGAGGUGCUGGAGGGCUUGGUGGACUAGGAGGUGCUGGAGGUUUGGGAGGGCUUGGCGGCGCUGGUGGUGGCCUUGGAGGUGGUAGUGGAUUUGGUGGAGGACUUGGAGAUCUUGGAGAUGAUUUGAAUAUGGAUGCAAUUUUUAAUGAAGAUGAUGAUGAUGACGAUGAUGAGAAUCAUGAGACAAAUGGCAUUGAAGCAAAUCUUGGAACCAAUUCUAUUUCUCCUUUUCCUUGGCCACCGAUGGAUUGA